UUCAAUGGAAAAUGCGCUAAAAAUGCUGUUACAAAGAUACAUUCGCUAGUUAUCAAAUACACGUGUAUUUUGUGUGUUUCUAAAUCAAUUUCCCCACGUAAAUUAAAUUACUUGUUCCCUUUGGUCUUUAACGUAUUACCUACGAGGUCAUUCCUUCUGAUAAAUACCUGAAAACAUGGAUGCAUGUUGUAUAUUAGCUAAUGGUAACAGACGGAUCAAAGCGAAACUCCCAAACUGGCGCAGCACUAGUAAUGGAUUCAUCAAACCAACAAUUCCACCUUCCCAACUUUACAUCAACAUAUACAGCAGAAGCAUUUUGUGUCUUAAAAGCGGUACAGUUCAUUAAUCAAGCAACUAAAAAUAACUAUGUAAUAUGUACAGACUCCCUAAGUACCAUCCUAAGUAUUAAAUCCGCGUAUCCCACUAAUCCCAUAAUCCAGAAAAUACAGGACAGUAUACAUCAAUCACUCACACAAUCCAAUACCAUAACUAUCCUUUGGGUACCAUCUCAUUGCGGCAUUAGAGGGAAUGAAGAGGCAGACACCUUGGCAAAAGAAGGAGCAACUCUAACUGACAUACUUCACCUCCCUAUACCAUCCAGGGAUCUCGUUAAUACAGUUAAACAAAAAAUGAAAGAAAAACUGCAACACCAAUGGAGUCAAACUACCAAUAAUCAGUUAAGGAAAAUAAAACCAAGCUUAAAACCAUGGAAAAUGAACGGAACCAGAAGAGAAAGAGUAGCGGCCACAAGGUUAAGGAUCGGUCAUACCCUAUUGACACACGACUUCAUCUUCCAAAAAAUUGAGCCAACGCAAUGCACCACAUGCGGUACUCGACUUACCAUUGAACACAUACUGACUGAAUGUAGAAGCUUCGACCAACAACGUAUAACAUGCAAACUACCGCCUACCCUCACGGAAUGUCUAGGAAACGACAACAUACAUAAAGCCUUAACCUACCUGAAAACCAUCAACUUGUUCGGCAGACUGUGACCAACACAUCAUGUACCUACCAAUGUGAAAUAUGUUUAACUGUAAUUUACAUCAUUACCUCUACUGUACUCACCAUCAUGCACAAUGUUCAUAAUGUUAUCUUUCUUACCACAUCAUAUUGCAUAAACUAGUGUAUUCACGUAUUUGUACUUACCAAGCCGGAGCACCAAUAAUCUAUGUAAUUGAGGGGCUCCUAAAUAUAUAAAUAACUAAAAAAAAAAAACAUUGUCUAUUAAGUUAUAAUCAUUAUGGGUUAGAUGAAAGAGCAGGGGUAGACUUUCUACUCCUGAAUCUCGCCCUUGGCAGUUAUUACUUUUAUUAUUAUUAUAAUAGGGAGAUUGUUCAAAGAAAGCAUGUUUUGCCACAUAUUGGCAAGAUAAGUAAG